UUGGUAGUUCUUUACAUUGAAAUUGAAGAAUAUAUUCUCCAUUAAUGUCAAUUGUAAACAAAUAUUUUUACCUGUACUCUGUACAACUAUAAGUGUGUUGUCCUCAUUCUUACACAGAUAAGUGAGAUUUAAUUUUAAUCUAUUCUAGUCCGCCAUUAAUACUUUUAUCUAUGAGGAUAUCAAGUUUCUCUGUUUUUCUAUCAAAUUCUAAAAAACCUUUUCACCAGAUCUGUUCUACCACAAAAACCAUAUCAAUUUGCUAUGAAAAUCAUCACAGACCCAAUACAUCAACAAAUCAUUGUUUCCGAAAUGGCAACAAGUUUAGAAAAUUCUCAUCAAUCCCCAAUAAUAUCUCUGAUAUUGCAACAACAUGUUCCUCAUUUAAUCAAGAUCAUCAUCACCAGAAACCCAUAAUUCAAAUAGAUGAUGAAACAUGGUUGAAGAUACGUGAAGAAGCUAGAUCUGAUGUUGAAAAAGAACCCAUUUUAUCAGAAUACUAUUCCAGAUCGAUUCUAUCUCAUAAUUCUUUAGAAAGUUCAUUAUCUAAUCAAUUAGCAAUGAAACUGAGCAACUCAAAUCUCCAAACCAACACCCUUUCCGAAAUCUUCCUGGGUAUUUUGAAUGGAGAUGAAGAAAUAAAGAAAUCAAUCAGAUUUGAUUUAAUCGCAGUCAAAGAAAGAGACCCAGCGUGUAUAAGUUACGUUCAUUGUAUUCUAAACUUCAAAGGGUUCUUGGCAAUUCAAACACAUCGAAUCGCUCAGAAAUUAUGGUCACAAGACAGGAAAACACUAGCCCUUUUGAUUCAAAACAGAGUUUCAGAAAUAUUCGGAGUUGAUAUUCACCCCGCUGCGAAAAUCGGACACGGGAUAUUACUCGAUCACGCGACCGGUGUCGUCGUCGGAGAAACGUCGGUGAUCGGAAACAAUGUGUCGAUUCUGCAUAAUGUGACGUUAGGUGGAACAGGAAAUGUUUGUGGUGAUAGGCAUCCGAAAAUUGGUGAUGGUGUUUUGAUAGGUGCGUGUACUUCUAUAUUAGGGAAUGUUAAGAUUGGUGAAGGUGCUAAAAUUGGUGCGGGAUCGGUUGUUUUGAAAGAUGUACCUGCGAGAACUACUGCUGUUGGUAAUCCGGCAAGGUUGCUUGGUGGUAAAAAGAAUCCGUCGAAGUUGGAUAAAAUUCCUAGUUUUACUAUGGAUCAUACUUAUUCGUUUUUGAGUGAUUCUCAUGAUUAUGUAGUUUGAAUUAUAAAGUUUAUAAAAUAAAGUGGAACUCCAUUAUCUUUAUC